AUGGAACAGCAACUGACAGCUGCCGACUUACCACGUAUACUUGAUUUGCUUGCGCCGUCUUCCACUGACUCGCAGAAAUUCGUUGCACUUACGUUACUUCCCAGACUUUUGGAACCGAAUAAAGAAACGAUGAUGAUGGUAUUUGAAGCGAUGGAUUUCAAUUUCAUCGAAAGACUAUUAAGAACAAAAAGCUCGAAUCCAGAUAUGCAGGAUGGAACUCUAAAGUCCAUAGCGGUCAAUAUCUUGAGCUGCUUCUGCAUGCAUGACGACUUGCUGGAAAAGAAGCAACUUGUAAACCGAAUUCCUUCAUUGGCUAAAUCAGUUGGUAUUAGUGAGGAGAUGUCUCGAGAUAUAUUCAAAAUUUUCAUAAAGUUGUCUUCCGCAGAAAAGGGUCUGGUUCAACUGACUGAUGUAGAAGUUAUUAAUACUAUUCUCAACACGUUAAAGACGUCUAAAGAUGGCAAGUCUAUUAUCUCUGCCGAAACUAAGAGACUAGCGUUUCAAGCUGUCCACUGCAUCGGGAUACAAGUAUUGGCGCAUCUCGCAACCGAUGCCAACUCGGGUCUGAUUUCAUCAAGUGAUCUGUUUAACGAAAUACUGCCAGAACUUUCUCUGCUUUUCAGAACAUACCAGGAUCAGUUGAAGUUUGAUUUGUUGAACAUGUUUGUGGACAUGUUCUCAUAUUUCGAUGAUAAGACAAAGUUAAACCGGGAACUUCGAAAAGACACAAUCAAAUUCCAACAAUGGAUAGAGAAUCUUCGACAAGGCUUGCGAGACAUUCUAAGUAGCCAUUUGGGACCCGAACAGCGAGACCAGUCGCUUAUGCUUACGAGCCUUCUUUUACAUCACUUUGACGCAGAAUGGUUGUUUUCACCUCCGUCAACGAAAUCAUCUUCCGACAAGCGGCCAGACGAGCAAAUCAGAAACGAGGCAAAGUUUGCCAUUCUCGUCAUUCAAUUAGCAUGUAUCGAGAUACGCUUGAUGCUCGAUAGCCUGGCCGAACAGCAAAGGAAUAAGGCAGAUAAUCAUGACCCUAGGCUUGAAAAGAUGUUACCAACAUGUUAUACGAUACUAGAGAGUUCGAUUGAAUAUUUAGCCAAGAUUGGUCAGUUGCUCGAAGAAGAAGAAGCAGAGUCUGGUGAAGACGCUGCACUGUCAUUACCCAUUGAUCCUGAGCUCCUGUUGAAGUUGAAGAACAUUCUCACAGAGACCUUUAGAGCCAUCAUGGAUUAUCUUGUAGAUGUCAAGACUGAGUUAAUGUCCGUGGAAGAAGCCUGUCAAGAUACACGAAUAAUAGCAACGAUACGUGUUUUAUCUAGAUAUUUAUCUGAAGAAGCAACUAUGGAGAAAGAGAUUAGAGAAGUCAUGCCUUUUCUGGUGGAUGUGGCAGCAUACAGGUAA